AUGAAAAACGGUCUGGGUAACAGGGAUGCCGAAGUCUCUCGAAAGCGGACGAGGAGCAAGGAUGAUGACGCCCCGCCAGCGAAGCGUCGCAUUCUGACUACGGCGCGGAGAGAGCAGAAUCGCCAGGCGCAGAAAGCGUACAGAGAGCGACAGAAACAAGAGAGGAUACGACUGAAACAGGAAAAGGCUGAAGCGCAAGCUACCUACGGACAGCGCCUAAGGCCUCUUCUAAAACGAGAGGAUCCCUCACCGGACUCUUUUCAACCGCAGAACUCAAUUGACAAGAUGUCUACAUGCGACGAGGACGUUACGGAAACCGUUGACACACCUGUCAAAAAGCUUGAGCCCAAAUUUCCAGACCUUUACAUGAACAUGCUUCAGUUCUCACCAGCAGCCAUCUUCACCUCAUGUCUCACCAACGCACUCUCCUUAGGUCUCGACCCAUCCGUCAUCGCAAACUGUAGUGUAGAACACAUAUCUCCCUUCUACCAACCCAAUCUCUCAUCCACACUCAAUCACGCAGCCCUUGUUCAAGCCGGCUCAAGCAUACUCUCAACAUUCAACAACACCAGUAUCCCCAUUCAUCUCCGACCAACAAUGGCUCAAAUCCUCAUACCACAUCACACAAGCCUGGAUCUUAUUCCUAUUCCAUUUCUGCGCGAGAGAGCGAUAAUGCUAUCAGCUGCAAUGCCGCAUGCGUUUAAUAACUGGGAACUCAAGCUGGAUAUUUAUGAGAGAGGUGGUUUGACAAUAUGGCGAUUGAAGGGUGAGAGGGAUAGUGUGAGGAAUACCUAUCCACCUUGGGACAUGAAGAGUUGGGAGGCUGCACCGUGGUUUUUGAAGAAGUGGUGUGUGCUUAUGGGGAGGGAGUAUGAUAAGAUGAAUGAGCAGAGUAUUGGAUGGCAGGUUGUUAGGGAUAUGAUAAGCUCGAGGGAUGUACAGCCCUUGUUAACUAGUCAAGUCUAG